ACGGACGGUGCAGAUCGCAGUGCGCCGCGGUCACAAGCGAUAUAAAUAUAUUGCUCCGCCGCUCCCACGAGAGAGCCCUUACUCGCAGAAACCCUAGAAGACCACUAGAGCUCUCCGCCGCCGCCGCGACUUCAGCUCUCUCCCUCUCCGAUCCAAGAUGAAGUUCAUCGCUGCCUAUCUGCUUGCUUACCUGUCUGGCAACUCCAGCCCCUCCGCAGAGGACUUGACAACCAUUCUGGAGUCAGUUGGUUGUGAAAUCGACAAUGAAAAGAUGGAACUCAUGCUGUCCCAAGUGAAGGGCAAGGACAUCGCUGAGCUCUUGGCUGCUGGCAGGGAGAAGUUUGCUUCAGUUCCGUCUGGUGGUGGUGGUGUAGCUGUGGCAGCAGCUGCUCCUGCCAGUGGUGGUGGCGGCGCUGCUCCGGCGGCUGAGAAGAAAGAGGAGAAGGUCGUGGAGAAGGAAGAGAGCGAUGAUGACAUGGGCUUCAGUCUCUUCGACUAAGUACUUGGUCAUCCUUUAUCUUCACUAUCAGUCUUUGGCCAGGAAACUAGAGUCGAUAAUGUUGUGAAACGCUGGAAAGACUUUUGAUGUGUAACUCUGCACUAGGUUGCCUUCUUGAUUUACUGGUGAACCAUACCUUUUCUAUCCGAUUUUGGUACUUUACAUUAACUUGUUUUGCCAACGUUAAUUUUGUGCGAUUCCUUGUUCUUGUUGUGUUAGUUAUAUGAGUUGAAAUUCUGAAUCCUGUUCCUCGAACUUCAAUCAAGUUCUGGUGUUGGGUGGGCAAGGGCCUGUUGUGCUAGUUAUAUGAAGACUGCCAUGUAUAUAAGAUCGAGAAAAUGAAAGCAUCUCUAUUUCGCAUU